AUGAUGUCAGCCCAGGAACUUGUGGCCUGCCUCUGCAGGGAGGGAGACCAGCAUCUGGCCCUGGGGCAGCCUCCACUGGCCACCGCCUUCUACCUGGCAGCCUUCAGCUGCCACGCCCCCUCAGCUGUGCGGAGUGUGCGUGAGGCCCUUGCUGAGGCACAGGGGGCACCAGUGGUGGCCACACUGGAGGCCUGGUGCCGCGGGGACGGCCAGAUCCCCACCAUCCACUGGGACGGCAUGGCAGUGGUCUCCCUGACAGGGACCCUGGCCUCCGCCUUCCUGGCCGCCCUGUGCCCUGACCACCCUGCCUCAGUCCUGCAUAUACUAGCUGGCCUGCUGGCCCAUGGGCACCAUGAGGAGGUGGCACAGCGCUGUGAUGCUCUAUUGGCCACUCACCUCCAGCAAGCCCUGGAGCUGCAGCUGACCCGGGCCCUGGCCCGGGUCCUGUCCAGGGUGCAGGUGGCCGAUGGCAUGGCCGACUACCUUCGAGCCUUUGUUGAGAACCCUGAGCGAACAGUGGCAUUCAUCCGCGCCCACCAGCAGCCUUACCUCCCCCUGUUGGUCCACACCCUGGAGGACCACAUCUCAGGCCACCAGGAGGCAGGGAGCAGUGCCAGCCAGCAGGAGACCAACUGCCAGCGACUCAUGGCUGCACUGGGCCCCAGGGGUGCCCAGAGCCAGCCCCUCCAACCCACAGCUCUGCUCCAAGAGGGCAGGUAUGAAGACUGCCUGUCAGCGUGCAGCCGGGCCCUCGAGCCGGACGCAGUAGGCACCCGACCCCAAGGCGAGCGCCUGGCCGCCUUGUUGGUCACCCGCGCGGCCGCGGCCUUCUUCCUGGAAGGCCGGGCCCAGGACAUGCUGAGGGACCUGCAGGAUGCCUUCCACGAGAGCCCAGCAGCUGCACGGAGGCAGUUCCAGGAGCUGCUUUCGACCGAGGACCGCGAACGCGUCCGGGCCCGGGUGCAAGAGGCCGCGGACAUGGGCUUCGCACGCUUUCGGGAGGCCGUGCGCAGCCGCCUGGAGCUGCGCGGAGACACCGGCCGCGAGCUGCUGGCCCCGGUGACCAGCGCGUUGCGCUUCCUGCUGCGCGUAGCACCGCCUGGAGCGCGGCCGGGGCUGGGCGUCCGCUUAGCCGAGUGCCUGCUACUGGCCGGGGACCCGACAGGUGCUUGGGCGCUGUGCGAGCGCCUGCUACGGCCGGGCGACCGUCAAGGUGGCCGUCGAAGCCCUCGCUCCCGGCCCCGCGCGCCCUUGCUGGCCCUGCGCGGCUUCUGCGCGCUGCAUGCCGGGGACACUCGGCGCGCCCGGGAGGACUUCCAGACGGUGGUGGAGCAGGGCGUUCCGCACCCUGGAAGCUGUGUGCGUGCGCUGUGCGGCCGUGGACUGCUGCGCGUGCUGGACGGCAGCGCCUUCCUGGGCGCGUUGGACUAUGUCACCGCCUGCCAGUUGCGGCCUGAGGAGGCGCUGCUUGCCGCCAAGGCCUACGUGCCCUGGAACCACAGAGGGCUACUGCUGACUGUACUGAGCGAAGAGGGCCGCCGGAUGCUGCAGAGGAGGCUGGACCCCGCGCCCGCAGGCAUGCCCGGCCGCCGGAGGAAGGCCGCAGAGGCGCGCAGCCCGGUGGCGCAGGAAGGGGACGCCCAGGGUGUGUACCAGCUGGCCAUGCUGCUGAUGGAGCUGGACACAGAGGACGAGGCCUCGCGCCUCCUGGCGGCUGAUGCCCUGUAUCGCCUGGGCCGCCUGGAUGAUGCCCACAAGGCACUGCUGGUGGCCCUAUCCCGGAGGCCCCAGUCAGCUCCCGUGCUGGCACGACUGGCCCUGCUGCAGCUGCGGAGGGGCUUCUUCUAUGACGCCAACCAGCUGGUGAAGAAGGUGGUCCAGUCCGGGGACACAGCCUGCCUCCAGCUCACCCUGGAUGUCUUCCAUGAAGAGGACCGGAAGCUGCUUCGGAGCCACUGCCACACACGGGCCCUGGCCAUCCUGAGGGCACGACCAGACGGGGACAGUGGGGCCCAGGCCAGAGAGGCCGUCUCCUACCUGUCUCUGGCCAUCUUCGCUGCAGGGGGUCAAGCCAGUGAUUCCCUCCUUGCCCGUGCCCGCUGCUAUGGCUUCCUGGGCCAGAAGAAGACAGCCUUGUUCGACUUCAACACCAUACUCCGGGCAGAGCCCAUGAACGUGCAGGCACUUUGUGGAAGGGCGCUGGUAUACCUGUCUCUGGGCCAACAGAAGGAGGCCGUGAACGACAUCAUCUCUGCUCUGAAGCUGGACCCAGGCACCGUGGUCCCUGAAAUUCGCUCACUGAAGCCAGAAGCCCAAGUCCUGAUCACCCAGGGCCUGUACGUCCACUGCCGGGCUCUCUUGAGCCAGCCACUGGACACUGGGGCACCCCUCAGUGAUGAGGACACCCAGAGCCUCCUUGCCGGGGGGGAGGCACUGGUCAAACUGGAUGCCCAGCAGCCAGGCGGGCACAUCCUCCUCACAGAUGUUCUUAUGGCCGUAGGCAGCUUCGAGGAGGCUGGCGCCCACCUGCAAAAAACCCUGACCUCUGCUCCACCGUCAGAGGCAGCCCGGGCCCGGCUCGGCCUGCUCUGGAUCAAGAAAGGAGACAUGCUGGCUGCGGUGCAGGACCUGCAGGGCCUGGUGGAGAAGGACCCCAGGGAUCUCGGCUUCCUACUGCAUCUUCUGGAGCCCUCAGAAAGGCAGAGCCUCACCCAGGCCGCUGCCCAGGAAGCCAGCACCCUCCUGGAGGCGGGGCUCCCAGGGCAGGCGCUGGGCUUUUGCUCACUGGCUGUCCUAGCAGGCAGAGACAGUGCCCAGCACCUGCGCAUGCGGGCCACCUGCCUGGCCGAGCUGCAGGAGUUUGACCGUGCACUCAGGGACCUGGAUCGUGUGCUCCAGGAGGGAGCAGGGGGUGGUGACCCUCCGAUGCAGGCGGAGGACUUCUGCUCCCGAGGCCGUCUGCUGCUGAGCCUGGGGGAUGAGGCUCAGGCUGCAGGGGCCUUCGCCCGGGCCCUGGAGCUGGCGCCCACCCUGGCUGUGAGCAGCCUGAGGGAGAGGCCAGGCCAGGGCCCCACCGCCCAAGUGUUCCAGCACCACGGGCAGCGCUGCCUGGAGGCCCAGCGCCAUGCAGAGGCCUGGACAGCAGUCGAGAAGGGCCUGCUCGUGGAUCCUGAGCACUGUGGCCUGAAGAGGCUGAAGGCAAGAGUCCGCAGGGAGGCAUCCUCAGGCUGCCGGCUCCACUGACUCCUCCACAGGCCACCCUGUCGUUUUCCUCAGGUGUCCAGUCCCUGAUCAUACCACCCCGAACCAGAUGGGACAGUGGGAACUAGACAAGCAGGUUACUUCCUUUUGGCCCUGGAAGUACAAGACGUGGCAGGCCAUCCUGAGGGGCUCAGACCAAAAUGUCUUAGGGUUCUCAGGAGAAAUGGAACCAGUAAGAUACAUAGAGAUUUUAAGGAAUUGGCUCACAUGAUUGUGGGGACUGGGAAGUCCAAAAUCUGUAGGUCAGACAACAUGCUGGAGAAUCCUGUAGUCUUACAUCCCAAAAUUCAUAGGCAUUCUGGCAAGAUGUCUGUUUGUAGUCUGGAUGCAAAGUACUCUCUAGGAAAACUCCCAUUUUGCUCUUCAGACCUCCAGCUGAUUGGAUGAGGCCCACCCACAUUAUGGAGGAUCAUGUGAUUUACUUAAAGCCAGCUGAUUGAAUCACAUGUACCUACUCCAUACCAGGAACUAGUGUGACCAGACAACUGAGAAUCGUAGCCUAGCCAGGUUGGCACAUAAAAUUCACCAUCACAGUCCGCCAUUUGUCCACCUGGCACCCAUACACAUCUCCUUAAACCAUACUUAAUCUCCACAUAAAGACAGUAACAAAGUCACACUUCCACCUAACGUGAUACAACCAUCCUUCGUACAACUAAAAGUGCACUCACCCCUUUUCCAGAAGAUGCAAAGUAAAUACAUCUUAUGUUUUAGGAUAAGUAAUGGGAUGAGAGGCAAGAACACAGAUAUUUGCUAUACACACACACGUAACAAAAUAAAGAAGAAAUACUCAUAACAAACACAGUCCUCAUGUCUACAAGUGAUCACGUGGUGGUCACUGUUGUUUAGAACCACCUUUUCGCACUCCCUCUUCCAUGUUCCUUGCUGCAGUGGGCAGCCUCACCCCUAAAGCUGGGCCCUCUUGGGAAGAGGAGCAGCCCUGGGCCUCCUUAUCUCAUUUUCGUUUCUCUCCUUCUGUCGCUGUUUCCUCUCCCUCUGCCCCAUCCUUCUGUGGUGUGAAACCCUUGCUGAGAUUGGCCUCUCCUGACCUUCUGUUGUGGGUUGAAUUGUGUCCCCCCAAAAUAUAUGUUGGAGUCCUAACCCCUGUGAAUGUGAUCUUGUGUGAAAAUAGGUCUUUGAAGAUGUUAAGUUAAAUGAGGUCAUACCAGAGUAGACCAAAAAAAAGCCAAAUGCAUCGCCCUUGAGUUGAUCCCUACUCAUAGCAAUCCUACAGGACAGAGUAGAACUGCCCCAUAGGAUUUCCAAGGAGCAGCUGUUGGAUUUGAACUGCCAACCUUUUGGUUAGCAGCCUGAGCUCUUAACCACUGCAUCACCAGGGCUCCAAAACCAAACCUGCUGCCAUUGAAUUGAUUCCAACUGAUAGACCCUAUAAAAAAAAUCCUAAACCCUUCUGAGUGGCAUCUUAUAAAAGAGAAGGACAGACACAGAAACAGAGUCAUAGAUGGUGGGGAAGGCAGAUGCCAUGUGACGAUGGAGGAAGAUGCACCUAUAAUCAGCAAAGGAAUGCCAACAUUGCCAGCAGCCACCAGAAACUAGGGGAGACCUAUGGAGCAGUUUCUCUCUCAAAGUCCCCAGAAGGAAUCAACAUGACUGAUGCCCUGAAUUCAGACUCCUAGCCUCCAGAACUCAGAUAAAAUAAAUUUCUGUUCUUUAGAGCCACCCACUUUGUGGUAUUUUGUUAUGGCAGCUCUAGGAAACUAAGACACCCACCCACCCCUCCUCCCA